GCUGUAAAGAUGGCGGCCGGUUCUGGGGCUGCGAGCGGCCACGGAGCCCGUGGAUCCAGCGCGGCUAUGGAAGCGUCUCUGGACCGCAAGUUUCAAGGAGUAUCCAACACCAUGGAGGCCAUACAGGGACUUUCCAACUGGUGCAUUGAAAACAAGAAGAACCACCACCUCAUCGUUCGCCACUGGAUGAAGUGGCUCAAGAAAUCUGAUAACACCCAUCGUUUGAAUCUCUUCUACCUUGCCAAUGAUGUGAUACAAAACUGCAAAAGAAAGAACGCCAUUGUCUUCCGUUCAUCCUUCGCGGAGGUCCUCCCUAAUGCGGUUCUGCUUAUUAAGGAUAUAAAGGUCCGAAGGUCAGUGGAGAGGAUCCUAACAAUUUGGGAGCAGAGGAGUGUGUAUUCUGAGGAGCUCAUCACCCAGCUCAAAACCAACUUGACCAAAAAGGAAAAGGACAGAGAGAAGCAGAAGCAGAAGGGAAAGGAGAGGGAAAAGGAGAAGGAAAAGGAGAAGGAAAAAGAGGCUCCACCUGCAAAUACCCCAGCUACCAACAAAGCUGCACUCAAGUCCAAGAUUGUAGCCGAGUUCACACCUCACUCCCUUGUCGAACAGUUGUCGCAAUACAAGAGAGCAGUGGCCGAAGAGGAACUCAAGGAGAAGCAGCUGGCAGCUCUCAGGCUGGAUGUCUGCAGCACAGAGGCCCUCAAGAGACUUAAAGACAAGGCAGGAGGGAACAAGUUCGCCAAGGACGUUGAGGACGGCAGUUUAAAGCUGCAGGAGUUUGUCAGCUUCCUGGACCAAGAGUUGGUAACAGGGCCUCCCCUGCUGGAAGCUUUGGGAAAUGCAGACAUUUUCUACGAGAUGCAGUACAAGGAGGUUAAGAUUGUGGCCAAUGCUUACAAUGCCUUUGCCAACCGUGUGGCCAGUCUCAAAAGGAAAUUGGAUUCCCUCAAGUCGACUCUACCUGGACCUGACGACUCCCCCAUCCCCUCUCCAUCAGAAGAUGCCCCCUCCCCGACAGGCUCCGACUCGCCCUUCCUGGGACAGGUGGCUACCAGAGCCCAGGUGGAUCCAGAGCUGGACGGCAAAGCAAUGGAUGAAGGAGAAAUACAAAUUGACAACAGGGACAUGGAAGACAUGGAUAUGUCUGAUGAAGAAUCUGAUGCUGCCACAACAGAUGAGAAGAAAGAAAAGGCAUCUGCUGCUGUUUCCAAGGCUAUGAAGUCUGAUUUGGCCCCAAAGCUUCCUACUACACCUACAAAGGCUGCAAAGACUAACGCUAACACAGCUGCUGUUACUACGACCACAAUGACUCCCACCUCUGCCACUGCUCCGAGUGCUCCCACCAACCCGCUGGGAGUCAACCUGGCGAAGGUCGACUUAGGAAAGAUCAGCUCAAUUCUCAACUCCCUCACGUCUGCUAUGAAGAAUACAGCUAGUUCGUCACCUCGGCCGUCUCCUGGGACUCCCACCACCCCGUCUAUCCAAUCCGCAGCCUCCAAAGUGACCCCUCCUAGCCCUGCCCUGGCCAGCAUCCUGUCACGUGUUGACAUCACACCUGAAGGCAUACUCAAUGCUCUCUCUAAAACUAACACACAAGGUUUGUCCUCUCUCCUGCAAAGUGUGACAAACACUGCCUCAGCUCCUCCCACCAGAACCUCUCCCGAGUCUACAACAGUUAAAACCCCACUCAGCCCAACGACCCCAAAAACAAAACCCAGUCUGGGGAACAGCCUCAAACGUGACGCAUCUGGAAGAACCAGAGAAACAUGGGAAAAAGAGAGAGAGCUGUCCCCUCCUCCACCUCCUCCCCCUCGUCCCACAGUUCCUUCUGUCUCUCCCCCCAGCCUAGAAUCGAAAAUCAAUAGUUUCUUGCAGGGUAAUCCAGGUUUUAGUCUUGCUCUAGGCGAUGUCAGUCCCGAUGGGGUGGAGGGGACUCCAGUUAGAGAUGAGGCAGCUGGAACCCCCACACAGGAUGAGAUCAUGGACACGCCUGGGAGUGUCCCAGAAUCUCUAGGGUCUUCUGUAGGUCAUAACCUCUCACCCACUGCCUACCGCAAGGAACCCUGGGAUGCUGUGAUCACCCCUUCAGGGGGCAACAGCGAUGGAGAGUUCCUGAGCUCCUCUUCUUCCCGAUAUGGAGCUGGGAAAAAGAAAAGCACAAAAUUGAAGGAGGAUGAAGCGAUGAAUAUAAGGAGGCAGGUCUCCUCCUCCCCCAGUAAUGACAUGAAGGGUAAGAAAGAGGGACAACACAACCAGUUAAGGAUGAUGGGCCUCAACAGAGCAGGAGAGAGGAGACUCUCUUCAGGCUCUCGUAAGACGAGCACUGGCUCAGAUGACGGAAGUCUGAGUGGAAAAAGAGAAGACAAUGGGAAAGAGUCUGCAGGCAGGGAUAGGAAAGAGGGUCAGUAUCAUCGUAUUGAGACACUAGUAUCCCCCUGCACUGAAGGAGCACCUAUCCAAACUCUGAGCUACUCUAAUCGCCCCCUUGCUGGAGAGCGCAUCAAGACGGUAGAGAGCAUCCGCGUGAUUGGCCGGGGCUCUCGGCGAGGAGGAGGAGGGGCUGGCGGCCGGCCAGGAGGAGCGAUGUGGUAUGAAGAGGAAGAAUACAUGGAAGCUCAGCCCCCCUCACCCCGCACUGGCCCACCUCCUCUUAACAUUGGCCAGGGAGGCGCAGAGGACAUGAACCCCUCCAUGCCACCUCCUCACCCACAACUCCUCCUCCCUCAUCUUCACCCGCCUCCGGGCCAUCCACAUCCUCACCCACACCUCCCUCCCCAAGCUCACUAUCAAAUGCCCUACCACACGGACCCUCCACCGUCACACCACCACCACCACCAGCAUCUUCCUCCUCCAUCCUCUUUCUUCAGCAAUCCUCCACCAAUCCCCCGUCCCCCUCCCCCACCUUUACCACAGCACAGUUCCUUGCCCUCUGCAGUCAUGGUGGGAGGAGUGUUGGUCCCCCUUGACCGUCCCCUAUCUCUUCCUCCCCAAAUCAGACCUGACGGUGUUGAGCGAGGCGGAAUGGGGAGCAGGGGAAACAAAGGUGGUCCUCCACCCCUCAUGACAUCAUUGCUAGGUGAGCCCCAUAAGAUGCCCCGCCCUGGCACAGUUAAAGAGCCUUUUUUCCCACGCCAUGCACCCCCUCUUCACCGCCCAGGCACCCCUGGUGUCCCUCCUCCUUUACUGGGCAGAGUGAAGGAGCCACUCAAUCUACCUCUUCCACCCCGCUCUCCCUCCUCCACAUCCUCCACGACCUCUCCCUCCACGCCUAAUUCCCCUGCAGUCGACUCUGCCCCUGGUCGUCUCCCUUCUCAGUCCGCUGCCCCCCCUCUCCAGAAACCCCCUGCUAGUCCUCCACCUCAGCCCCGCAACCAAACCUCUAACCCCGUCCCCCUCCUCAACUUGCCCACUUCUCGGCCCCCAAACCUUUCAGGUCACAUGUCACAGAGACCUCUGCUGCGAGGCCGUACACCCCCUCACCACCAUAACCAAGAUCACCACAUGGGGGGAUUUCGUGGGGGAAAGCGGCACGGUCCUCCAUUCACAGGUGGUCCUUUCCAUCAAGGGCAGAAGAGACCCUUCCUACCCCCGCGCUACUGAAGUGGUCAUCUAUAACAAGCUGAAUGAAGUGCAAGCCACACAUCUAGCAGCGCAGUGUGUGUGUUAGCCCCACUGGUAUGAUCCCAGAUAUCUUUACUCUGUUAAUAAGCUUAAUACUACCUUGAGUCAUGUGUAAAUAAUUGAUUAAAUUGUCAUGCUUCAGCUCCGUAGGCAGCCUCCUUAAACUGUACAGCUAAGAGUUCAAGCUAGUGUUGUGUAUCAACCCUCAAUCUGUCCCUUCUUACCAUUUCUCCAUACACAAUAGAAAGUAGUUUCAUUAGGUUCAAGAGUGACAUAACAAUAGGAAUGAUACAGAUAGUUGAAGCAGAAAUUAAACUAUACCUAGAAAUGUUCUACCUGUGUGAAUUUUGAGUUACACUACCUGAUAGCGAGUCGGAGAGUGAAAAGGAAUGGUUGUUGUGAGAUACAGAGGAAAAGAAACGAAAAGCAAUAGUUUGAUUAAUUGAGCCUAUUUGUUUUCUAUUUGAGAGUUGGUUUAGAAGAUCUGUUCGCAAAAAUGAAGCUACAACCAACUUAGCCUGGAAUAAAUACUGGAAAAGGGAGGAAAUGUUACCUGGCUCCGGCCAAAUGUAAAAAAAAUGUCCAGGUACAUGCACUCUCAAGCAAAUUUCUCGUAUCUGUUUAAUUGGUACAUGAAACUGACCAAUCAGGAUGACAUGUGGUUCACAGUGAAUCAUUUCAUGACUGGACACAGUGACUUCAUUGAGCCUAUGCUGAUUUCCUGACAGUGACAGCAGGACUCCAGGAAGUUUGAUACUGAAGCAUAAAAGCCAUUUGCCCAUUUCCAGUCUUUAUGCUACGCCAAGCAACUUUUAUCACCAGCUUCAUAUUUGAAAGACGGAUUUAUCCCCCCAAAAAACGAAUCAGAGUUUAAAAAAUGUCAAACUAUUGCUUUUAAAAUGUUUGCUCGAAACGAUGAAUGUUGGUUUGAAAGUUAUCUUCUCUUCCGUGUGAGUGCGUCCAUUUGUCUGAAAAAAAGGUACUUCUCAUUUGAAGUAAUGAGAAUUGUGUCGCAGUUGAGGUUAACACUUGUUCAUAUUUCCAGAGAACCUGCUGUAAAUAAUAUUCUUCUCCUGCUAAAACCUUUUUCACCUUUCUAUUUCUCCCACUGUAUAUUUCUAAGCUUGUAAAUAUAAAAAGGAAACUGAGAUGACGCAGCUUUUUCUCUUCAAGCUCUUGUUUCUGGCUAGAGGAAAAAGUCCACCUCUCAUGCACCUCUCGUCUUUACUGUGAUUGAGGCCUUGGAUAAGCUUUUAGCUCCCGAAGAAUUUCUCUGCAGUUAUCUGUCGCGCCUUUCUGUUCUUCCUUUUUGAAAACCACCACGCAGAAGAGGAGGGUGAAGAUAAUUCUGUUUUUUAUUUCUAACAUUAAUGUCUGCCUGUGCGCGCUUCAAGUUAGACUUGAGUCAUCAAGAUACGUAGAGGAUGGCGGGGGGGGGGGGCUUCAGGUUGGACCACACUCUUGCUCGGCUUCAACAUGUACUGACUUGAAUAAAAUCCAGAGUUUCAAUUCAACUGGGGGGGAGGUAUUUUAUUUGGUCACUAUUAGUCUUGAAUUGCGCUGUUUAAGUUUAACUGCGCUUUAGGGCUGUAUUUUCUGCCUGUUCACCAAGAAACUUUUCAUUAACCUACACAGCUGCUGCCAUUUCCAUUAUUAUUUUAUUUGCGCUCUUUUGUGUUUUGUUUUUCUUAUCUAGAUAGUUCUGGUAGCUCCCACAUGAAAUGACAUUUGAGCCAGUUAGGAUUGUACUGAAAAUGGUUCCUUUUAAUAUUUUGGCCCCCUCCUUCUGUUUUUAUUUCUUUGCUACUUUCAUGCUUUCGCCCCCAAGUCCCUUGUGCUCACAUGGCUUCGCCCAAAAACGCUCAAACACAAGUCAGCACGACGUCAGCAGCUUUCUUAUACAGGAGCUGUUGCCGUGAUGCUGCUCUCUGCCCUACACUGAUGUGGUGUAUCUACACAGUGAGAGGUGCAGACAGGCUGUUUCUGUCCAAGCCUCAUAUCUCCAGAGUUUGUCUGAUCAUGGAGUGUGUGUGUGUGUGUGUGUGUGUGUCGCGUCACCUUUGCUCAUUCACAAGUUGAUCUGAAAGUACGACUUCAUCGAUACACAAUGGGCAUCUGCAGAUGUUCCCAUGUAAAGCUGGUAAACAGAUACAUUAUAAAAAUGUAACAAAGAUAUUUGUCACCACAGUGUCGGCACAUCCUCUGAGAUCUUUUACUGAAUGUCACAGAAAGUCUGUUACUUCUCUAUGUAAACUGUUAUCUGUCUUCUCUGCAGUCACAAUCCAACCACUAAUUAUCAAGCACCCUUAGUUUGGUGUGUGCACAGAAAAAUAGAUGAACUGUUAAGCAUCUUUAUGCUCACUCAGCACCUUCUGAAGACUUGCAUUGCUCUUGUAAAUAACAUCUUUACGUUUUCUCCUCAAGACAAGUUUGUUUGAAAAUGACUGAAGAUGUGUGUCUGUGUAUAUUGAGAAGUUGCUAUUACUGCUGUUCUCAUCAAUGAUGCUAUAUCACUGGU